CUAUGACGACCUAGUUAUAUUCAAUGCUCAACAAAAGUAAAUUUGGUCUGGUUGAAGUGCUCGACAUAUUAACACAAGCUCAAGUUCGUUGCAUUUCAAUUGAUCUCUAACGGCUUAAGAGGGAACAUGGAGGAGACAAAUAAGUACGCCGUGUCCAGCGGCAGCAGCGACUCCGGAAGGAUGUCCGGCAAGCAGGCAUGCCGUGCCCAGUUGUUCGGAGUGUUUUUGUUCGUCCUGGGCCUUGUCGGCGGUCUUCUCAUUGGGAUAUACGCCUAUCACGGCGGGAAAGACCUUGAAGUUAUUUGUAAGAACCUCCCGGAGAGUAUACAGAUGACGCCUACCCCGGCUACAACGGCGCGACCAAACAACCAAACAUCGGCCGCCACUCCUCGGCCCACACCCGCCAUUGGACAGUGUCAGCACUGCCACAGGCCUGAACCCCGACAGCCAUGGACAGGCAGUCACCCGGAGCUGUUUGCUCCGCUCACAGCGGACGAGAUGCAGGCUGUGUACAACUUCCUGGUGGACAACAACUACGUGCACCGGCGGGGACUGGAUGAAAUGGUGACCCUGAGGACGAACUACGCUCCCUAUAUGGCACUGUUUCCUCCUGACAAACAGAAGGUGCUCGCUUACAAGGCCGGGACAGGGUCUUACCCGGGAAGGUAUGCCCGAGUGAAUGUGAUUCGCGGUGACCGCAUGGUACCGGACUACAUGGAGUACAAGGUCGGGCCGCUGGACCGCCCCGACUCUAUCACCGCUCUAGCGCUAGUUCAGGACGGCGAGCUUACAUUCAACAGCCGCCCGUACGAUUACAUGGAGACAGCCCUUUACGAAAGAAUAGUGACCCCGGACUUUAAGAUCCUAGAACCUCUUACAAAAGAGAGCUUCGACGGCGCAUAUUAUCCGAGAGAAAACAACGAUUUUGCUUUCUGGUACUUCAACGGUCCUCCGGGGGAUAAGGGAGAUGAGCGGGAGACGCGGUUCAUAGCCUACCUGAAUCCCCUGGCCCCGAACGGAUAUGAUUUCCUUGAGCAUGAUUUCCUUCCCCUCAGCGCCACUAUACACUGCCCAGGAAACGUUUACGAAGAUUGGUAUAUUCAUAGUUACUACUAUUUGAAUCAAGGCCCGUUCGCAAAUGCAACUGCUCUUAUGGAAGCUUACAACGCUGGUACCAUCCGAAAAUUUGCGCAUCCCAAAGGAUACAGGAAUACGAUUCUUGAUCGCCAUUUGCCGGACAGAGAUGUUGAUGAACCAUUUAGGCCAAAGUCCCGGAUGCCACCGCCGCGGGCCUACGAACCAGAAGGGCCACGCUACUCAAUCGUUGGUCACACUGUCAGCUGGAUGGGUUGGGAAUUUUCUGCAACCUCUGGUCAAUUGCGCGGACCUGCUCUCUUCGACAUAAAAUUCAAAGGGGAAAGUAUCGCAUACGAAAUCGCACUGAAUGAGAUCGGCGUCGUUUACGGCAGCGGAUCCGCAGCUCAAACGAACAUUAUAUACACGGACAGUUCUUACGGUAUCGGCGAAUACUACGGCAUAAUUAAAACAGUUGACUGCCCGGAACACUCGACUCUCCUAGAGACCAGCCACUGGGAUGUGUACCUCUCUAAGCCCGUCGUCCACAAGUCCAUCUGCGUGUACGAGGCGGACGGACAAAAUGCCCUGUGGAGACACAAAGGGUACGAGUUUGAAGGCGGGCUGAGAAACAACUUCCUCGUUGUUCGCCUAUCAGCAACCAUUGACAACUAUGACUACAUUAUUGAGUGGCACUUUUAUUUGGACGGGAAGAUAUAUACGAUCGUGAGCGCAAGUGGGUACAUUCAGGGCGCCUUCUGGGACGACCAGAACCCAUUCAUGGGCACUGAUAAAUCGAGGGACUCUUUUGGUUAUCGCGUGAAUGAUUUCACACAUGGACAAAUACAUGAUCACAUGUUCGGUUUUAAGGUUGACUUAGAUAUAGCUGGAACCAAUAAUACAAUGGAGGUGGUACACUGGAAGACAGGGGACGUGGUUACAGCUCUGAGGAGCCAGGUGCCAUCAGUGAAUGGCAUACCUCCAUACUUCCUCAACAACAUCACCCGCUAUCUGGAAUACGAGAUAAUUGAACGCGAAGCUGCUUACAGCAUUGAAAUGAGUAUGCCCAAGUUCUGGACGGUCGUGAAUGAAAACAAGCGGAACAAAUGGGGAGCAAUGCGUGGCUAUCAUAUUCAGCCCCUUACUACAGCCGCUCAGACGCUGACGGACGCUCACCCCGCCCUACCGGCUCUAUCGUUCACCAGACACCACUGUACGGUGACCAAAAGGAAAGAAAGCGAACAGUAUCUAUCGUCCACGAGUGACGUAAACAGACUGGAUAAGCCGAUUGAACACCUAGAGAAGAUGCUUGAAGACAACGAGUACAUCCGGGACACGGAUAUCGUCAAUUGGGUGACUGUGGGCUUCCUUCACCUACCCACAUCGGAGGAUUCGCCUAUGACCAACAGGGUGGAGUCCGGCUUUAUGUUGAAGCCCUUCAAUUUCUUCGACAAGACGGCAGUGUUUGACCUACCGGCGUACCUUAACACACGCGGGGACUGGCGCACCGAGCGCCCGCCACCCUUCAGCCCUUGUUUGGAACCAGAACCAUGAGAAAUCCUUAAUCUUGUAUUUUAAACACCCUUAUUUUGCUCAACGUAUGUAUGAUAUUUCGUUUAGCUGAUUAUGUUUGUUGACAUAACAAUGUGUUGAUGAGUUAUAUUUCUGUACUACACGUAUAUAUCCCGUGUAUGUCUUAGUACUGCUUUCUUGAUAAAAGUGUAAGUGCUUGUUAAAUGUUAAAAAGAUGAAAACGUUGAGCUGCCCGUGUGGUGUAGGUGUCUUUCCACACAAGAGUUCGAAAUCCAGUAGUGGCUGUAUUGGUUUCCAUCAACGCUUUCACAUAUCUCACAACUGUGCUUACAUAAUUAUGUUAGAUAUUAGAUACACCGAUCAGGGGUUACACAUCUAUUAACGCACGCUUAUUCUGAUUCUGCAUCACACACAAAUUGCAUAAUAUUUCCUUGCCCAACACAAAAGGUGUUUAAACAUAGAAAAAUCGGCCGUAUAGUGCCCAUGAAAGAGCACUUAUCGUCGAAAAAAAUGCAAAUAUUCAACGAAAAAUAGCUGAAAUAGGUACAAGGAAGGUGCACAUGACUAAAAACAGUUUCAUGUCACGCAAUUUUCUAUUUUUACUUUGUAAACUAGUAAUCGCUCAGCUUAUACAUUCAAUAACUUUUUUGUUAAUGCCUCUAGAAAGAUAGGUUUAAAAACUGAGAGGAGCUUACACGUCUGGCCUCCGAGUAGGCGCAUCACACAAUUCCCUCACUUAAAAUUCGGCAAACACAAAACACGUUGGACCCCCUGCAAACUAAUAUAUAAGCUUAUCGACUAUGACGUUGCUGAAUAACUCGCUAGAUUUCUUAAAGUCAUACUAAUGUUUCAAUGAUUGCAUUUAUAUCAACUAAUUCUACGCAAUGUCUUCAACGGGGUCUGAAUGUUUAACGUGUACUGUUAAAGACAUUUAUUAUGUAUAAUUAUUCAGUCAACUUUACUGACCAAUUUUUUUAAAAGAAACCUCCCGUGGAUUCAUCUUAAAAUGCAUUUUAAAUUAAAGAGAUUAAACAAUAUAUGGUGAAUUUAAUGUUGUAUGAACCCAAAAUUAAUAAUGCAAAAUUUUAUAACGAUAUGUUUUUGUAAAUUAAUGGUCUAGCCUAAUUGCAUCAUUUGGUAAAGCAAUAUAUUACAGAGUAUUUAAAACAAAAAUGGGCAUUUAGCUACAUAUUUUACAUCAACAGACUAAAUACUUAAACUUGUGAUUGCUGAGAAAAAACUACAGCUUUUUAACUGUACUUGAUAUUGUUUGUAAACAGCAAUUUUAUGCAACACACAUUGUUGUAUGAUAUUCCAUUAAAGGUCACAACAAAUUGA